GGUGACAGCACCCGUUCGUUGUGGCUGCUUGUAACUUUUCAUUUGUGCAUGCGAAUUUAUCGAUACGUGCACCCUUCAUAUAUAUCGUUUUUUUUGCCCCAUUCUGUCCUUACCGCUUGGUUUGCCCCUUACACCAGUACGCGGGUCGGACGCGUCUCAACUGGGUACACUUGCUUGGCUCCCUUCUGAAGUUACUGCGCGUGAUUGUCCCACUUUGCACAUUAACGUGCCCGUUCGUGUCGCCGCGCCCCCCGCAUUUUGCUGCCCACAUCCGUGGAGGCGAAUAAAUCAAAAGGGAAUAAAAUGAAUAAUAAUUUUCAAAAUGAAAAUUUCAAAGAAGACAAUUAUAUUAAGGCCUGGAUCAAGCAGUCGGAAAACCCGGAGCUUUAUAAAAAUUGGAACGAUAUAGAGGAACAGAGCUACCCAAACGAAUUGGUCAAAGUUGUAGAUUUUAACAAUUUCAAUAGUAACCUUAUAAACACAAUUAUGACUGAGCAUUCUCUGGAAAUGUCCAAAAAAAAAAAAAAAAGAAAAGCCUACAGUUUAUUUUAUAGUAAUGAAAUAAACCCUGAAAGUUAUAAUCACACAUGUAAUGAGGAGUAUCCCAAUUAUUACCAUAACUGUAUGUACCCAUCAUGCGAUGACAGUGACGUAAAAUAUUUUUCCUCUUUGGAUAAAACCCCUGUGGGGGGAAGCAUGGCUGAUAGGCCCAAGUUACAAUUGAAGGAAGAAAAAAAACGUAUGUCCAUUAAAAAAAUGAAAAGGGAAAAUAUUUGCACAGAAAAUAAUUACAACGAUAUGAUGAUCUGUGGCAAUUUUAUUAACUCCUCCUCUCCACUUAUAAAAUUAAAAGAAUUAACAAAACCGAGUUAUGGAAGUGAAAGUACAAGUGAAUUUUUUAAUAAUUACGAAUUUGAAACACCAGUUAAAGUUCUUAGCUCCAAGAAAAAAUCCUAUGAUUAUAAAAAUAAAAAAGAUAACAGCACUACCAACACGACCAAGGAGAACUCCUCGCAGGAAAACGCCUCAUCCAAUAACAGCGAAACUAAGAGGACCAUCAAUUUUUCCAAUAAGACGGAGGAUUUCAACGACCUGCAUUACAACUCUGAAAACGAUUACUUGACGUCUUCCGAAUAUGUGGACGACGAUGACUCGUCCAGGUGCUCGAACAAGAAGCAGAGCGAGGUGAACUUCCUCGGCCAGCGAUUGGACUACAAGGUCGUCGGCAACGUCAUAAAUAUUUCCAAGGACCACCCGCAUUUUACCAUGUUGUGA